AAAGAUAUUGCAGCAAAUGAAGAAAACCGAAAGUGGAUGAGAGAAAAUGUACCUGAAAACAGUCGGCCAGCUACAGGGUACCCCUUGCCACCGCAGAUUUUUAACGAAAGCCAGUACCGUGGGGACUAUGAUGCCUUUUUUGAAGCCAGAGAAAAUAAUGCAGUAUAUGCCUUCUUGGGACUGACAGCACCACCUGGCUCAAAGGAAGCAGAAGCCCAGGCAAAGCAAAAGCAGCAAGAAUGAACCUUGAGCAUUCCCUUUCAAACUUCCUGAAAAGGAAAUCUCCAGUGCUGUUAUAAAAUAGAAAACAACAACAACAAUAACAAUUAUAUUGGCUUCAAAAUAAAUUGGCUUACUAUGAAAAUAUAUAUUAUUUGCUGGUUUUUAUGCAAAUAACCUAAAUGAAUGUGUAAUUAAAAUGUGACUUUUAAAUGAGGAGAACAAAUAAAAACAAAAGCUAAAUAUA